GGGGUGAUCACCCUCUGCCAUCGUAUUUAAACAGGUCUCUGAUGUUGAAAUCACCACAUCGUAGAUAGACUGUGCCCCAAAAGUUAUUGUUUUUCACACAUAAAGAUGCGGGCAGCAAUUGUCCUACUCGUGGGAUUGGCUUUCAUUGGGGGCUGUUUCGCGAAGUACUGCAUGCCAGAACAAAACUGCUGGCCAUCAUCAGAUCGACUGGCUCAAUUCAAAGGAACUUUAAAAGGGAAGCUUGUUCUUCCAACCGACGCAUUCUUCGUUAACGCCACCAAGGGAGUGAUCUACAAUGAGAGAUACACCACAAACCCUGGAAUGAUUGUUUAUGCUAAUAGCCCGAAGGAUGUCCAGAACAGCAUUCUAUUGGCCAAUGAGUUCAACAUCCGGGUCUCCAUUGUGACAUCAGGGCACGAUUUCAUUGGUAGAAAUACAGCCAAAGGGAGCCUCCAAAUCAACAUGUCCCAAAUGCAAUAUUUGAAUGUCGACCUGGCGGACAACUCCAGUGAUACAGGCAUGUCAGCUACCACCGAGGUUGGGAACUUAUGGGGCAAAAUAUAUGCGGAGGUUGCCGGCAAAUACAACAAACUGAUUGUAGGGGGCAGCUCAGAGACCGUCUCCCCGGCCGGUUACACGAUGGGCGGGGGCCACAGUCCCCUGAGCAGAAAACUUGGCCUCGCCGUCGACAACGUGCUAGAGAUAGACGCCGUCACUGCCAAUGGGGACAUCGUCCAUCUCACCCCUUCGGGGACCACCUCAGUGAACGCCGAUGGGGUCGUGUCUCUGACGGCGGAUACAGACUUGUUUUGGGCUCUUCGUGGAGGAGGCGGCAGCACCUUCGCAGUGGUGACACGGUUCAAGUAUAAAGUCCAUGAGCCGCCGAGUGAUGGUUUUGUCCAGUUCUCGUGCGCCAUGUACUAUGCUAACGAGACUCAUGUUCAUGCCUAUGACAUUUACAACGCACUUAACGACUUCCUUGUGUCCCUUCCCCCGGAGUUUGGAGGCUACGUCAUUUCCACGGCUCCUGCACAGGCCAAUCCAACCUACAACACCUCUGCUUCCCCAGGUAUGAUCAUGGUCGCCUUUGAAAUCUGGGGCGGGCUGGAGAAGGCCAAGCCGUACCUCCAGAAGGUAAUGGACUUCCACCCGGAGUGGCACAUUAAGUGGCCGGGCACCUGUCAACCAAAUGUGUACAAGAAAUGGUGGGAUUACAGGCAGAAUAUUCACGACCGCGGCGGCUUUGGGCGCACCUAUUUAUGGGACUCGCUAUUGCAGGUGGACAGCUUCAAUGAUAACUUCACUCGGGUUAUGACCGAGGGGAUGGGCACUGCGUACCUGAAUAAGCUGGUGCCUACCUGUACUGGGACUUUAAUUGGCGGCAAGGUGACGGAGUUUCCGGCCGACUCUUCCUCAGUUGGCCCUGGCCUAAGGAACGGCCUGAUGGCUCUCUCCUGCGGUGUGUCCUGGCCCAACAGUCUCAGUUACCUUGACAACAUCAUCAUAUCACUGCUUCAGAAGUGGAAUCAGGAGCUCGUAAAACUCGGCCAAGGUGUCUACUACAAUGAACCGUCGUCCGUGCUGGCCAACUGGAAGGUGGAUUACUGGGGAGACAAAUAUCCCAGUGUGGACAAAGAAUUUUAG